AUGUUUGGAUGGCCAUCUUCCCAAGGAAAAGCCUUUCAGCAGGCCCCAGCAGAGGCUUUCAGUAACGAUGAAGGUUUAUGCUGUGAAGUACAAGGUUUGUCACCCUGCAACUCCCAUUUGAGAAACAAGAAAGGUCAGAAAAUAGCGAUUGUCAUUAUUCUUCCUCUUUUAGACAUGCUGCUUCUUCUAUUUGGAUUCGCUGGAAUUUCCUCCAUUUUUCAUCCUAGAGCAAGAGAUGUAGAGAACAAGGUAAAAGGAACAAGCAAUAGAGUUCUAUUUUCAAUAUGGAAUUACAAUAGGAUGAUCAUGAACAAGGAUAUCAUUGACACAACAGAGGAUUUCAAUGAACAAUAUUGCAUUGGGAUGGGAGGAUAUGGAAAUGUGCAAGCAGCAGAGGAACCAACAGUUCAAGUAGUGGCUGUAAAGAAAAUUGACCCAUUGGAAAGCAGGGAGAUAAGGAUGAGAAAAACUUUAGAAGUGAGAGGAAGCUUAGCUAGUAUUCAAAGCAAUGAUGAAAAAGCUAUGGAAUCGGACUGGGUGAAGAAGUUGAAGGUUAUUAAAGGUGUGGCCCAUGCACCAUGA